AUGAAUGAAUUUUUCUUUUUUUUUUCUAUUUUGAUAAUUUUAGGGUGUUUAAUGUGUAUUAAUUCUUUAAACCCCAUUCAUUCUGUUUUUUGAUUAGUAACUGUAUUUUUUUUUUCCUUCGCUUUAUUAAUUAAUUUAAACUUGGAAUUUUUGUCAUUAUUAUUAAUAAUAAUAUAUGUAGGGGCUAUAGUAAUAUUAUUUUUGUUUGUAAUAAUGAUGUUAGAUAUAAUUCAAAUAAAAAAAAAUUCUAAUAUAAACAAUAUAAUCCCUAUAAUUUUAAUUAUUCUAAGUUUACUAACAAUAAAAAUUAUUAAUAAAGAUAUAUUUCUUUCUUAUCAUUUAAAUAAUGAUUUUUUAAAUUUUAAUUUAAUAAAUCAUUACAAUUUUCAUAAUCUAGCUUUAUUUUUUUAUUCUAAAUAUUCUAUAAAUUUUAUAUUAAUUAGUAUUAUUUUAUCCAUAGGCAUGAUAGGAGUAAUUGUUCUAACAAUUACUUAUAAUUCUAAUUCAAAAAAACAAAAAAUAUUUAUUCAACAUUUAAGAAAUAAUUCAUGAAAUUAA